AUGGCCUCAAGAGAAGAAAUGUUACGUCUUGAUGAUGUUCAUAUUUCAUCGACCGAGUUGACUACGCAAGAAGAACGAGCCAUUCGUCAUCGAGGAAUGACGAAUGAAGAGCCACAUGAGCGGAUCGUGAUAUAUCUUUCACAAUCCAGAUUAUAUGGAGCGACGUUUCUUCGCAGAUUUAAGGUGAUGUCGGCACUGAUGUCGACUUUGAUUGAGCGUUGGAGACCCGAAACAUAUACGUUUCAUUUUUCUUGUGGUGAAGUGACGAUAACAUUGGAAGAUGUUGUGUAUCAACUUGGUGUUCUGAUUAAUGGUAUGCCAUUGGUGCUUCGCAACACUUAUUCGCUAAAUGUUGAUUUUUCAAAUUUAUUGGGAAAGGAGGCUCCAGCCGAUGUCAUUGAUGGGUUGCGGAUACAGAUGAAUUUAGAGUAG